AUGCCCGUUAUGAUGAUGAUGAUGAUGCGUGUGAUGUGUGUGUUGGCCGUUGUGCUGUGCUGUGCCUGCGGGUAUACCACGACGGCUGCUGCUGCUGCUAUUACAACCGAUUUUGAUUAUGACAGGUUUGUAUACCGUGGUCCCGUUGAAGUGAUUUGUAAGACCGGUGGCGAUUUAAGCUUUCGCAGCAGUGAGGAGGUCGAUCCUAAUGUAUGCAAGACAGACAACAAUCACUCUGUAUGUGUGAAGUACAGAGGUCUGUGUGCCAUUGAUACCAAAAAGACAACAGGUACUGCUGAAGAGCCAAGUACAAGGGUUCCUCGUCAUGUGAACAUUACAGGUGGAGAAGAAUGUCUGGAAAAUAAUGACGAUGAGGAGGAAUUGGAGGUGCCACGCCUCAAAACUGCUAACGUUCCUACAUCUCCUAAAUCGCCAAAGCAGAUGAAAUGGAUUUGCCGUCUGGAGACUCCGCUUGUGUUACCUGGAAAAGAAACAGAACAUGCUGAAGAAGUUUCACAGGGAGAAGCACAUCACGAGGGCAACGGUGCAGACGCAACAGUUGCUGGGCAAACGAAUGAUCAAACUUCACACAAACUCUCUGAUAACAACAACAACCACGGUGAGACUACAUCAAAUGCGGCACAUAACUCUGCACAUGGGACUUUUUCCCAUUCUAACACCACCACACCGAAUACCGGGGAUGGGGCAGCAACAACACAAGUGGCUACCACUCUAAAUACUGUCUCUUCUAAUUCUCAGGUUUCAACAAACAAGAAUGGACGUGGUGAUUCCACGGAACAGACUUCUGUUGCGAACACCAACACCCACGAUCGAACUGAUAACACUGCUUCAACCUCUUCUUUGACGGCAGACGAGAAAACAAUCAGCAUCAUAAUUUCCGCGUCACAGCAGACGGGUAAUGCUGACAGCAGUGUCAGUCCUGUUUGGAUGCGCACUGCAGCACCGCUUCUGAUUGUGGCUGUGUUGUUCUCCGCUACUGUGUACUGA